ACCAUGAAACAGCGGCCACAGAGAAAGGUGAGAAGACAACGGUCAUCAGUCAACAGGGCAGCAAAGUAUCUGGCUCUUAUUGACAUGCAGAAGAUCUCCCGACCAGCCCAGGACAAACCCCCCUCACAGCUGUCUUCCCAGUCCUCCAGAGCCCCACUCCAGCUCCUGAUGAACAACACCAGCAGUCAACACACGUUGGAAGACCAAGUCCUCUGUCCCAUUUGCCUGGAGGUGUUCCGCAACCCAGUCACUACCGCCUGCGGCCAUAACUUCUGCAUGACUUGCAUUCAGAGUUUCUGGGACCACCAGGCUGCCAUUGGGGAGACUUACUAUUGCCCCCAGUGCAGAGAGGCCUUUCCUAGCAGGCCCCGCCUCUGCAAGAAUGUCAUCCUCGGGGAGAUGGUGGCUUGCUUCACCCAGGCCAAGAGCCAGACCUCAGGGAACUUGUGGGGCCUGGCUGGCCCCACAGAUGUGCCCUGUGACUUUUGCUCUCCGCAGAAGCUGAGGGCAGCCAAGUCAUGCUUGCAUUGCGUGGCUUCCUUGUGUGAGAAACAUCUGCGUAGCCACUUUGAGGACCAGCUGUUCCAAGACCACCAGCUGUUGGAGCCGGUGUGGGACCUCAAGAACCGCUUGUGCCGCAAGCACCGCAAGCUCCGGCAGCUGUACUGCCGCACGGAGGGCAGCUGCGUGUGCGGAGCCUGCCUAUUGGAGGAACACAAGAACCACGAUACCACCCCCCUGGAGGAUGAACGGGCCCGCAAAGAGGUGGAAGUUCGGAAGAUUCAGGCCAAUGUGGAGAAUCAGAUGCUGAUCAUUGCCUCGGACAGCCAGAAACACCAGGGUCGAGUGAGUUUUCUCUCGAAAUUGAUUCAGACUAUGCGAGACGAGGUGAACACCUGCUUCUCAGAAAUCCUCCAUGAGAUCAAACAGCUGCAGAUGAAGGUCUUGGAUUUUGUGGAGAAAGAGGAGGCAACUGCCCUGGGAAAGCUGGGCAACUCUAUCCAGCAAAGCCACAACCGGCUCCUGAAGUUGGAGGGGGACAGCAUCUGGCUGCACAGUCUGCUCAACAACAGGAGUGAUGAGCAGUUCCUACAGGAGUUCCCCAGACUGAAGCACUUCCCUGCCUGCGUGGAACCCUUGCUAGGCACCAACUGUGAGGAGACACAGAGCUUCCUUCAGCUGCCAGAGACCCUGGCCCAGCUCCGAAUCAGGCUGAUGGACAUCGGUCUCAGCUUCAUCAACCAGCUGCUCUUGAAGGGCAUCAGGAUGAGCGCCUAUGAAGUGCUGCCCUCAACUGUGGACAGAAAGACACUACUCCAGAAUUACUGCAACCUGAACUUUGACCCCUCCACGGCCAGCGAAGAGCUAUUCUUGUUCAAAGAAACGCACUCGGUGUUGAACUUGGGCAUCCUUCUGGAGCCCUCGACCACCCCUUUACCGGGCUUCAAGCAGUGGCCCCAGGUUCUGUGCUGCCCAGGUCUGUCUAAAGGCUGUCACUACUGGGAGGCCGAGGUGUCCAACUCGUGGAUGUGCCUAGGGGUCACCUACCGUCGUAGCCCUUCGAUGAGCGGUCGCCCCCGUCGCAACAUCGUCUACCUACUGGGCCGCAACCCCUACUCGUGGUGUCUGGAGUGGGACUCGCUCAAGUUCUCCGUGUGGCAUAACAACACACAGACGGUGCUGCACGGCUCUUACCACCACACGCUCGGCGUGGCGCUGGACUUUGGGGCCGGCUCCCUGUCCUUCUAUGGCGUGGCGGGCGAUGUGAGCCUCCUCUACCGCUUCCUCACCUCCUUUCUCGAACCUCUGUACCCCGCGGUCAUGGUCAGCAGCGGAGCAUCGCUUACACUCAGGCAGUACCCUGAGGCAUAGGCAGCGCCCGCCGGCCCAGGCUGGCUGCCAAUAAAGUUAGACUCUA